GCAGUUGAUUCCUGACGGGUGAACUGAGCGAAAGUAAAAGUGUAAACCAGUAAAAAAAAAUUUUUAAUAAAAAUGUCGAAGAUCGGUAUUAACGGAUUCGGACGUAUUGGCCGCCUGGUGCUGCGUGCCGCCGUCGAUAAGGGCGCUGCAGUUGUUGCGGUUAACGAUCCCUUCAUCGAUGUGGACUACAUGGUCUACCUUUUCAAGUUCGACUCCACCCAUGGACGUUUCAAGGGCACCGUUACCGCUGAGGCCGGUUUCCUGGUCGUCAACGGCCAGAAGAUCAAGGUGUUCAGCGAACGCGACCCCGCCAACAUCAACUGGGCCAGCGCUGGCGCUGAGUACAUUGUUGAGUCCACUGGUGUCUUCACCACCAUCGACAAGGCCUCCGUGCACUUGAAGGGUGGUGCCAAGAAGGUCAUCAUCUCGGCCCCCUCUGCUGAUGCCCCCAUGUUCGUGUGCGGUGUCAACUUGGAAGCCUACAGCCCCGACAUGAAGGUCGUGUCCAACGCUUCCUGCACCACCAACUGCUUGGCUCCAUUGGCCAAGGUUAUCAACGAUAACUUCGAGAUCGUUGAGGGUCUGAUGACCACCGUGCAUGCCACCACAGCCACCCAGAAGACUGUUGAUGGCCCUUCUGGCAAGUUGUGGCGUGAUGGUCGCGGUGCUGCCCAGAACAUCAUUCCAGCUUCAACUGGCGCUGCCAAGGCCGUCGGCAAGGUCAUUCCUGCUUUGAACGGCAAAUUGACUGGCAUGGCUUUCCGCGUGCCCACCCCCAAUGUGUCCGUUGUGGACUUGACUGUGCGUCUGGGCAAGGGCGCCAGCUACGAUGAGAUCAAGGCUAAGGUGCAGGAGGCUGCCAAUGGACCCCUGAAGGGCAUUUUGGGCUACACCGACGAGGAGGUUGUCUCCACCGACUUCCUCAGCGACACUCACUCGUCCGUGUUCGAUGCUAAGGCCGGCAUCUCGUUGAACGAUAAGUUCGUGAAGCUCAUUUCCUGGUACGACAACGAGUUCGGUUACUCCAACCGUGUUAUUGACUUGAUCAAAUACAUGCAAACUAAGGAUUAAAUUCCAUAUAAUAUAAUGCAAUGUUAACUUCUCAAUAUACGCACAAACAGGAGGUGUAGCAUUUAACUAUAGACGAGAAGCAUCCACUCUUAGCCCACGUACAAGCCCAACACAAUAUCCAAUAAAAGUAUACACACUUGUAUUUCCAACAAAACCAAAAGAAAACUUCUCUUCUCCUGUUUGAACCGCGCAAAACAGUUACAUAAUUUAUAUAUAACCUAUCUCGUUAAAAAUAAAAAUAAAAAAACAAAAGCCAAA